AAAAAUACUGAUUAGUUUUGGGCACUUUUCUGCAGGUAAGUUAUACUUAAGUUUGGAAAACUUUGGUGUAGUAGAAACAGCAUGAGCUUUGCCAAACACUGUGCUGGCUUUUAGACAUACCUGAUCUCACAAUAUAUAUUAAGCAUAGCCAUAGUGGGUGUGGCACACAGUAGGACCCAGAUAAAUAUUAGUCCCCUUGCACUGCUCAAAGCCUUGUACUUUGUGAAGCUGCCUGUGUCCUUGAGGUCCACUGGAUUCCUUACAGUACCUGCUGUCUCUAUAGCCCCACUUAGCACUCAUGUGCACACCCACUUCAUGACUGGUACAAUUUAAGUGCCCCGAUUUAAAUUUCUAGAGAAGAGAGAUCUUUUCUUACACUUCCAAUGAACCCUACAGCUCAUAGCACAUUGUGUAAUAAAUGUCUCUGUCAGUCAGGAUCCUAAGAGGAAACUAUGGCACAGUCAAAUUAGGAUAAUUUGGAGAGAGUUUAAUGAAGUGAAAAUUAUAAGUAGGCCGAGUGUAGAGAAAUCACUAAGAAUAUUGCCAGUACCCACAGCUCUGUUGUGGCCACCUGUAAACCCAAAAGGUUGAGAGGAGGGAACAGUUACACAGAAAGGCUUCCCUCAAAUGCUGUGAUUUUCUUUGAUGUAGUCCAUUCAGGACAACUUCCUGAGGCAGAAAGCAGGAUGGAGAGUGAAUCAGGAGGGAAAACAUAAUGAUGUCUGGUACAGUAUAAAAUAGCACUGAUUCAGAGGAGAAUGGGAAUACUAAGCCUCCGGGAGGGGAAGGAAUGUAGAGCCUGUGGGAUGCUGUUUGGCAAUUUUGUCAUCCCUGAGCCCACAGGACUAGCAGCUCCUUAAUUCUUAUCUUGGGAAAUUUUCUUGAUCUCUUUAGGCCUAUGUUUCUUCUAUCUAUUAGCUGAGGGAAUUAGCUUCAUGAUCUCUAAGUUCCUUACUAUGGUCAUAGCUACUGUGACCAGGUCCUUAGCUACAUGAUCUUUAAUGGAGAAAAACCUUACUUUACUUUGAUUUUUAGAUGUGAAUGUUAGUCUUGUAGGUAUUACAAACAGGUCUGUAGGGAAAAUUUUGGACAAAAGAUCUUAGUGCUUUCUGACUAGUAAGUGGAGUCUAAUAUGAGGUUGUAUAGGUAGUUAAUUAUCACAAGCUUGGAUAAAAUUAACAUACUACAAAGUUUACAACUGUAAUAAAGUUUUCUAUCACAAAUAUUUUAACAUAUUGUUACUCUCAUGUUUACAAAGUAACAGCCUUUGGCAUUAAUAGAACAAAUCUUUCAGUGUUACAGACAAGUUCUCUCCCCUUAGCAAGUAGAGAGGCAACAAAUCAGCUUUAUAAUAAAUUACAGACUAAGCGUUUGUGGUAAAAUAGUCACUCUUUUUCAUCUAACAAGCUGUAAUGGAUGAUUCAGAGCUUUGGGUUCUCCGCCUGGGUCAACAGUCUUCCGUUCUCUCACCGUUCAUUAUUAAAGUGUUAGCUGAGGCUUUGUAACCUCUGACUCUGGCUGUUUUCUAGUCAAAGCUGUUAAAGGAAGGGGGGAUCAUAAUGCCGUUUCUGCAAGAACCCUGCAAGAGAAGAACUGUCUUCGUUUUAGAUGCGAAAACUAGCCCAGCUGCGAUUCAAACCACGUGCAUGACUGAACAACCGCUGCCCUUCUCACCUCUCACUUGGGAUUCUAACAUUCCCUUCUGUGACGCGGAGAUCGCAGACCGGGGAAAGGCACUUAAGGAUCAGCCCUGAAGCUCUGUGAGAGAGAGCCGCGCGCGCCGGCCGGAAGCCUGGGCGUCGGUGCGCGGGAGCCCCGCCCUCCUGGGCAGGGUCCCAGGCGGGAGGCGGGGUCGGGGCGGAGCCUGCGGCCGCGGGAAUCCCAAAACCGCCCCUUUCCCCACCCCUCCAUUUCUCGCCAUGGCCCCUGCACUGCUCCUCGUCCCUGCUGCCCUCGCCUCUUUCAUCCUGGCCUUUGGCACUGGAGUGGAGUUCGUGCGCUUUACCUCCCUUCGGCCACUUCUUGGAGGAAUCUCGGAGUCUGGUGGUCCGGAUGCCCGCCAGGGAUGGCUGGCUGCCCUGCAGGACCAAAGCAUUCUUGUCCCCCUGGCUUGGGAUCUGGGGCUCCUGCUACUAUUUGUGGGGCAGCACAGCCUCAUGGCAACUGAGACAGUGAAGUCAUGGAUGUCCCGGUACUUCGGGGUCCUUCAGAGGUCUCUGUACGUGGCAUGCACUGCCCUGGCCUUGCAGUCCCUCAUCCUCCUUCAGCUGGUGAUGCGGUACUGGGAGCCCGUGCCCAGGGGCCCCGUGUUGUGGGAGGCUCGGGCCGAGCCAUGGGCCACUUGGGUGCCCCUCCUCUGCUUUGUGCUCCACGUCAUUUCCUGGCUCCUCAUCUUCAGCAUCCUUCUCGUCUUUGACUACGCAGAGCUCAUGGGCCUCAAACAGGUGUACUACCAUGUGCUGGGGCUGGGCGAGCCUCUGGCCCUGAAGUCUCCCCGGGCUCUGAGACUCUUCUCCCACCUGCGCCACCCAGUGUGUGUGGAGCUGCUGACUGUGCUAUGGGUGGUGCCCACCCUGGGCACUGACCGCCUCCUCCUUGCUCUCCUCCUUACCCUCUACCUGGGCCUGGCUCACGGACUGGACCAGCAAGAUCUCCGCUACCUCCGGGCCCAGCUGCAAAGAAAACUCCACCUGCUCUCCCGGCCCCAGGACGGGGAGGCCGAGUGAGGGGCUAACCCUCGUUCCAAGCCCUGUACUUCCUUUUCCCCUCCAAUUCCAAAUCCCCUUAACAUCCAGGCCUUGGCUGCUUCAGACCAGAGGCCCAAAUCCAUGGACUGAAGGAGCUGUCCCUUCCCUUGCUUGAGCCUCCACUCCUUGGGUCCAGCUCCAUAUCUUAAAUUAUGAGUUUCAGCCAUUGGACUCCAAGGGCCGCUUCUCACCAGCCAGGAAGAGGGAGUGGGGAACUUAUCUGUCUCCUCAGAGUUUAGGGCUUGACCCUCCAUUAACAACCUCCUCACAAGGAGAAGGGUCUGGCCUGAACACUCCCCUGGUCCUAUUUCUGGCCUCUGUGCCUCAAGGAUCCUCUUCUCCACGUCUAGCUCCCCUCCUAGGAGCUGGACCAAGGUCCGCAAGUUUGACGAUAGUGGCUGCCCCAUCAGGCUCCACACCUUGCAGCUGCAGCCCAGCCCCACUGUCUGGCCUUUCCAGCUCCCUAGGCCCUGCCCCUGGGCUCCAGACUCAUGAACCUAGUUGAGCAGAUAUUUCUGCUCUUAAUUCGGGUGACUAAGGGCUCCCUGCUCUCCCGAGUAACUCGCGCUACAGGAAAAUAAAAUUCAGCCUGGUUUUUCUA